AUGCCCAAUACCAAAACCGUCCAUGUUCCCCAUCUGGGAGGAAUUGAUGCAGCAUACCAAAUGCCGCAUCCUUACGACUCAUCCAAACCCACCUUGAUACUGGUCAAUAGCUUCACCACCUCAUCUGAGCUUUACCGUCAACAAUACGCCAACAAGGAGCUGACGGAUAAGAUGAACCUCAUCGCUAUUGAGCUUCUCGGCCAUGGCCAGACAAGGUCCAAGUCGGAGAAUUUCACCUAUUGGGAUACCGCCAUUAUGAACCUCCAGGUCAUGGAGGCCCUUGGAAUCCCUAAGGCAUUCGUCCUGGGCACUUCUCAAGGCGGCUGGAUCACGGUGCGGAUGGCCCUGCUAGCACCAGAAAAGAUCCAAGGCAUCAUCCCACUGGGUACAUCUCUGGACUACGAAUCCGAGAGAACGCGAAAACUUGGGUGCUGGGACGGCGUCGCGGCGUGCACAGGACCAAUCGACAAGUGGACCAGCAACGACGCAACACCUGAUUUCCAGCCAGACCAGGAAUACUGCGACUUCCUCAUCGACAUCGGCUUUGGCAAGAACUGUCACCAAGACGUCCGAGAUAUGUGGCGCAAGAUCAUUCCCUCCAACUACCAGGGCGAUGACGGCAGACGCCGCGCUCGCAUGGCCGCAAUCAACCUGCGUGAGCGAGACGGUCUGCACGGCCGUCUGUUCGACGUCAGGUGUCCUGUCAUGUGGCUCCAUGGGACGGACGAUGUGGUUUACACCGUUGCGAAUGCAGAACAGGAGAUCAAGAUGUUCACGAAUAGCCCGUCCGCAGAGCUUGUUGUUGUGAAUGGUGGAGCGCAUUUCUUGUCCGCGUCCCAUCCGAAGGAAGUCGACGGUGCUUUGAUUUCGUUCGUGGGCAAAUACGCUGCUUAG